CGACGGCGCAGACGUAGUGCGUCACGGGCAGCCUGGCAGUAGGCGGUGUGGAGGCGGACGCUUCCAGAAGUCUGUCCGACCGGGGCGUCAAAGCCGGUCUUCAGGUGAUGAGCUGAGGGCACAGCGGUGAAGUCAUCAAGUAUUUCCUAGAGAUUGAUGGAAGCAGAAACCAAAACACUUCCCCUGGAGAAUGCAUCCAUCCUUUCAGAGGGCUCUCUACAGGAAGGGCACCGAUUAUGGAUUGGCAACCUGGACCCCAAAAUCACAGAAUACCACCUCCUCAAGCUCCUCCAGAAGUUUGGCAAGGUCAAACAGUUUGACUUCCUCUUCCACAAGUCAGGCGCUUUGGAGGGGCAGCCUCGGGGGUACUGUUUUGUUAACUUUGAAACUAAGCAGGAAGCAGAACAAGCCAUCCAAUGUCUCAAUGGCAAGCUGGCACUGUCUAAGAAGCUGGUGGUACGAUGGGCACAUGCUCAAGUAAAGCGAUAUGAUCACAACAAGAAUGACAAGAUCCUUCCAAUCAGUCUUGAGCCGUCCUCAAGCACUGAGCCAACUCAGUCUAACCUAAGUGUCACUGCAAAGAUCAAAGCCAUUGAAGCAAAGCUGAAGAUGAUGGCAGAAAAUCCUGAUGCAGAGUACCCAGCAGCACCUGUCUAUUCCUACUUUAAGCCACCAGAUAAAAAAAGGACUACUCCAUAUUCCAGAACAGCUUGGAAAUCUCGAAGAUGAUGGUUAUGAAUUAUUGUAGCAGCAAAAGAAAAUUGUUCUCCACACCUAAGCUCCUUUGCCUUUGUACAUUGUAGAUGUAAGCGGUACUGUCCAACAGAGCACAAUCACAUGUUAGAAUUUGGUAAUACAACGUUUUUGGUUGUUCCUGAUAUGUCUUCCCUAAACAAUACGUGGAAUUGAAUAUCAUCCAGAAUAAAUAGGAUGAUGUCCAAAACUGUGAUUUGAACACUGAGAUGCUCUAGUUGGCUGGGUUUGCUUGAAUUUUUAACUCCAGAAAUACAGUGUUCCAGAGAGAAAGCCAAGCUUAUAAUCAGGAGAAAAAAAUUAUUAAGUCCAUCAAAGAAAAACAGGGCAUUUUCCUGGGCACAUGUUUGCAACAUAAAAAGCAAAAAAAGUAACAUGAGAGGCAGAUUUUUAAAUCAUAACUAGAACUACUGGAGAAUUUACAAUGGCAGUCUUUCCAACUGGAUUGAAAAAAGAAUUAUUGGCCAUUUGUAGUAAUCUGUUUAAGAAUUAUGCUUGUAAGUUUCAAAAUCCCAAUUAGGAAAACAUGGUGUGUAUAUCUUAAAAUUGUUUACGUCAACAAACUGGAUUCCAGUUUAACAUUUUUUACUACAACAAACAUUCUAUUUAGAAACCCAGCUUUUACUCUCUAGUGAUCAUUUUUAAGAAUCUAAAUUAUCCUACCUUCUCUAAUACCAAAUAUUACUACCACAGCACUUUUGAAAGUUGCAGUAAUUGCAUGAGAUUGUUUUUAUAGCAUGAGAUUUCUCUGUUUGGAACUGUGUCAUGGCUGAUCUAAAUAGAAAAGCAAACAUUCUUGGAAAGCCUAAACUUUGCUGUAUAAGUCACCAUCAAGCAUUACUACCUAAUAAUUCUGUAGGGUCUGAGGAGAAGAGGCGAGAUGGGCUGUAAAGGCCACAUGCAGAGGGCACCAGGAAUCUGGAGCGGCCUCUGCUCUGGCACCCACAUUGUGACCACCUCAUGUUUUCAGUAGUUCUAAAAAACAGCAUGACUUGAAAACAAUCAUUUGUAGAACACCCUAGAUGAAAAAUAAAAUGCCUCUUUGAACAAUUCUGACCAGAACAGUGUAGAGAGAUUCAUAAAAGUGUUUCUUCAACUCGGUUUGGUCAUUUUUGAUACCAUCUUUGACAGACUGUAAGUGGGCAGCACUAUUGCUCCUCUAUAAGUACAUCACUCCAGGUGCCAUUCGUGGUAAUUAAAGACUGUUUACCACUUUCAUUACUAGUUAAAAAAAGAAAAAUAAGAAGCUUCCAUUGUAGAUACUUAAGUCUUCCUAAUAAUAUAAAGAUACCAAGCAUGGUGUCAAACAUCUAUAAUCCUGGUACUGGAGAGGCUUAGGCUGGAGGGUCACAAGUUCAAGAGUAGCCUAGACUAGGUAGUGCUUUCCCCAAGGUCAGUCUUUUUAGAUGUCUUUAGAUAUCAGAUACUCUACAUUUAAUUAGCUCUACGUAUAUUUGUGAUGCAAGUGGCUCUCCUUCCACUUGGAGGCUAGUUCAGGGAGGUGGGAGCAACUGUCUCCCUUUUUUUUUUUUUUUUUUUCUGGUGACUUCUUGAAGUAUAGAAUGCACCAUUUUAUCCUUAGGUCCUCAAAAGGUUAUGCUAAUACAAAACUUAAUGCCAGUAGCCUUCUAUUUUUAAUAGAAACUUAGACAAUACUUAAGUUAGGACUCUAUUAGAGUUACUUCCUCUAGAAACCAGAACUAUUUAUUUGUAUUUAAAACAAUGUUUAUUAUUUGUACCAGUUCUUAUCCCUCCAUGUGAAUAAAUGCAAGACCUUCUCUGUG